AUGCCACCCCCGGGCCCUGCCCCGAGCCCGCUGAGCGACCUCCGGAGGGGCGGGGGGACACGGGACGCAGACACCGCCCCCCGGCCCUGCGGCGCCCCCCGACACCACCGCUGGUGUCCCCGCGGUGUCACCCCCCAGCGCGACAGGCGGGGAGGGACCAGUGCCACCAGUGCUACCACUGCCACCAGUGCCACCAGGGCACGAGGUGAAGCGGGACGACCGGGACCCCCGGGACUGCCGGGGCCGGGGGCCACGGGCGCGGUGAGCGCGGCCACCUACAGCACCGUGCCCCGCGUCGCCUUCUACGCCGGCCUCAAGAACCCCCACGAGGGCUACGAGGUCCUCAAGUUCGACGACGUGGUCACCAACCUGGGCAACAGCUACGACGCCACCACGGGCAAGUUCACCUGCGCCAUCCCUGGCACCUACUUCUUCACCUACCACGUCCUCAUGCGCGGCGGCGACGGGACCAGCAUGUGGGCCGACCUCUGCAAGAACGGGCAGGUAAGGCCGUCAGCCCCCCCACGGGGACAGGAGCCCCCCCAGGCACUGCAGAAGGGCUCUGG